AUAAGCGCCUCAACUCCUAAAGUCAGUGUCAGGUGACUCGCUCCACGGCAGACCAAGGUUAAGAGCUCUCUCUGCACAACAUACUGGGAAUAAACAAUGCGCUUUGGGUCGCUUUUGUUCAACUCAUGGUAACAACAAUUUAAACCGUUUAAAGCCACGUGAACUCCGCGCUUAGCCCCACAGACGAGGACCCAGGGACGCACCAGAGUUUGGGACUUUUGGACGCGUUGCGUUUCUUUCUGUUUCAUUACGCUCGGGGAUGAUUUAAGUUUCCCAAGGAGAGCACAAGGGAUGUGAGUCUGGAGAACACUUCUUGGCGUUAAAGGAGUGGUCAUCGCGUUAAAAGAGAAUAAAGGGAAAGCGUUGAGUCAUUUUGGGUGAUCCGAUAAAAUGCAGCAUCCCUUGGAUAUGGGAGCGCAUUAUUACCCGCCCGAAGCACACCCCGACCACCGGUCACACCGCUACAGGAGUUUCAUGAUCGAGGAGAUCCUGACCGACCACCCGGAGCGCAAGGUGUCCACCCCGGCCGGGGAGCUGCUCAAGUUCGGCGUCCAGGCGCUGUUGUCGGCGCGGCCGUUCCACAGCCACCUGGUGUUAAAGGCCGAGCAGGCGAGCCUCCUUAAGUUCCCCAUGUCCCCGCUCUCUUGCUCGCUCGGGCCCAUGGGCUCGCCGCUACUCUCCGGGCCUCCGGGCAUGCAGCUCGGCUCUGCGUCGCACCACCUGCCGCUAGACCUCCACCUCCGCAGCAAGCUGGAGCACCACGGCUCCGACGGCAGCAAGACCAAGAAGGGCCGGCGCAGUCGGACGGUGUUCACGGAGCUCCAGCUGAUGGGGUUGGAGAAGAGAUUCGAGAAGCAGAAGUACCUCUCCACGCCUGAUAGAAUAGACCUUGCCGAGUCGCUGGGCCUCAGUCAGCUACAGGUGAAGACGUGGUACCAGAACAGAAGAAUGAAAUGGAAGAAAAUAGUUCUCCAAGGAGGGGGACUAGAGUCGCCCACCAAGCCCAAGGGCCGUCCCAAGAAGAACUCCAUCCCGUCCAGCGAGCAGCUCUCGGAGCAGGAGCGAUCGCGGGAGCUGGACCGUCAGUCCGAAGCCUCCAGCUCCCACCUGGACAUCGACGCGGAGGACGAAUGAUAUCGGAAGGCACUAAAUUGUUGACCCUCUCCUUCUUUGAGACAUGUGGACUCAAUGCGAAUGGAUCGUCACACCAGACAAUGGACUGCAUAUGGGACCACUUUUGGUCCGAUCUAAAAAGCCGUGAGGCAACACAUGUCCUACACGCCUGUCUGAACUCAUCAAAGGUGCUUGCGGAUGAUGAUGGUCUUAUGGGCCGAGGAACAUUCCCCUAAUGCCGGACUUCUUCUGUAACCUAUAUUGGCGCAAAUGGACAUGGCCAUCCAAAGGCUGAAGCAGAGUGUAUCCUGCUGUAAAGUGGGACUUCCAUCCAGAGAAGAUGACAGUAGGACGCGCUCUCAUGCGGAGGAAGGGAACACGCACUUGUUGCAUUUGCGAUGAACAUUGCGAUAAAGGAUCCGAUCCACUCCUACUUAUCCGUUUUGCAUUCCUGUUUGUGUAACUUGUAUGUUUUAAUUAUUAAAUAUAUUUUCCUAAA